ACAUCUUGUAACUUGUUUGGCCACUGCAACCGUUAGCCGUUAGUGACGCUGUGGAGACCGCUUCUGUAUCUCUCCAUUCGAAGAGCGUGUUUUCUUUUGUUGAGAUUUUAAGAGCACUGACAGUUCAACCAAGUUUCUACUUGAGCAGCCAUGGUCGAAGGAGACAAUAAGAGCGCCAACAUGCUGGCGCAGGAAACGGCACAGCUAGAGGAGCAGCUUCAGGCAUGGGGAGAGGUGAUCCUGGCGGGGGACCGCGUCUUGCGCUGGCAAAAGCCAUGGUUUCCUGGAGUGCUCGUGGCCGCCACCACCGCGCUCUUCCUGCUCAUUUACUAUCUGGACCCAUCCGUGCUGACGGGGGUGUCGAGUGGUGUCAUGUUGCUGUGCUUGGCCGACUACCUGGUCCCCACACUGGCCCCCAGAGUCUUUGGCUCCAACAAGUGGACCACAGAGCAGCAGCAACGUUUCCACGAGAUCUGCGGUAAUAUGGUGAAGAUGCAGCGCCGCCUGCUGGGCUGGUGGCGCCGUCUGUGCACACUCAAGGAGGAGAAGCCAAAGAUGUACUUUACGUCAGUGAUCAGCAGUCUGCUGGCGCUGGCCUGGAUCGGACAGCAAGUACAUAACCUCUUGCUCACUUACCUGAUCGUGACUUUGCUGCUGCUGCUGCCAGGCCUCAACCAGCACAGCGUCUUCUCCAAGUACACUGCCAUGGCCAAGAGAGAAAUUAACAAGCUGAUCAAGAAGAAGGAGAAGAAAAAUGAGUAGACUCGCAAUGCAAAACACACUAAAUAUAUCCACGCACACACUCGCGACCGAUACUGACUUCCUGACUUGCAGUGUUCUUCAGUUCUUCAGUGUUCAGCGCACUUGGCAUCUUCAUUUGUGUGAUCAUGUAGCUCAUUGUCUUCUUUCAAGUCAGCCGGAUAGCUAGUAAAAGCGCACAUGAGAAAAAAAGCCUCCCUCACUGAACUUGGGCCGGCUUCUUCUUCUGCUGUCAUGUAAAUAGGCCCCUUGCACUCAGGUGUGCUUUUGUCUUCUGUCGUGAUUCAUUUGAAUCUUUACAAUGUGAAUAAAUGUCACCGUCAACCUAA